GUGUUUCUACUACCAAGUAUCUUGUAUGUAGCAAUAUUUUGACCAAAAGAUGAAGUUUUUAUUUAUUAUUACUGUGGUGCUUCUAGCCGUCCAAUUCUGCCAUUGCACGGAGCAUCCUAGAGGUCAUUUACAGCCGCUUGGUUCACACCAGCCACCAGAGGGGGACAUUGAGAAGAUAGACGUUAUACCACCUCCUGAUGUAUUUUAUAAUAAAUAUAUCAAAAGAAGCAAACCUGUUAUAUUUAAAGAUGCAGCUAAAGCAUUGCCUGGAUUUUCUCUCUGGAAUGAUGAUUAUCUCAGGACAGAGUAUGGUGACAACAUUGUAAGGGUUGAUUUUGGCAAGAAAGAAAACCGAGCACACUCAGCAGACCCUAUGCCAUUAGCUGAAUUUUUGGACAUUUACAAAUCAUCUGAUCGAUAUUUGGUGGAUACAUUACCAGAACCAAUGUGGAAAGAGUUUAUGUUAUUGCCUUGCAUUACAUGUGGGGGAUUCACUAAAAGAUUACAGGAUGCUGUGUUGUGGUUCAGCAAUGGUGGAACUAAAUCUUUUCUACACAUGGACACAGUGGACAAUAUUAUUUGUAUGAUUAGUGGACAUAAAAAAUGGUUCUAUGUUGAUAUUAAAUAUAUCGAUCAUGUCGAUUUUGAUCACAAAGAAGGUGAUUACUGUGCGGUUGAUGUUGAUAAAGUUGAUAUGUAUCGCUAUCCUGGUCUUCAAGACGUUCCAUGGUGGUCUGCAGAUCUUGCACCGGGGGACUGUAUGUAUGUACCUUACGGAUGGAGUCAUCAAGUAACGUCAAUAUCUCGAAACAUUGCUGUCAACAUUUGGUGGACUCCAAUUGAACAGUUUAAUAUAAGCGACUGCCAGGCUGCAGUAGAUUCUGGUAGUUUGGGUGCAGCUUCUCUCAGUCACUUCAAUUUCACACCAGCUGAACAGUUCAGGUAA